GAAACCGUCCACUUAAUUGAACCCCCUGGAACAGAGAACAACAUCAUCAGUAAAACAUACACAAAUACACACUUUAAAGAAAAGAAAACAUAGAAAAUAGAACUAAAAUAAGAAAACUACAGGCCGCACACGAUUGUUACAAUAAAAUUGCAGGUUUUAUGUGUUUGUCUGAGUUUCUUAUAGUUAGUUCAGUGCAUAUUUGUUGUCACUCGGAACAGUUUCAAGGCUCACUGCGGUAGCCGUGAGUGUCAGGAAGCAGCAUCUCGCGUAGAAACACAACUCAGGAGAGUCACAAAAUCAAACCAUAUAUAUUUAAUAUUCUGUGGGGCGACAAUCGCAGUCUUCGGGAGGAUGAGAAAUAAAACACACAUGCUGUAAAAGGUUAUUCUUCUGAAAAAGAAACUACAAUGGAAAAGUCAUGGAGGUUGUGGACCAUUGCUCAAAAGUGGUUGUUAAAUUUGGCGUCGUGGUCCUGGGGGCUGUGCCGCAUCUCACUGCUGGCUCUGAUUUUAACUUUUCAUCUGUAUGGUGGCUUUAUGUUACUUGCACUGAUACUUGCUUCGGUAGCAGGUAUAUUGUACAAAUUCCAAGACGUGCUGCUGUAUUUUCCCGAUCAGCCUUCCUCUUCUCGCUUGUAUGUUCCUGUGCCUACUGGGAUCCCACAUGAAAACAUCUUUGUAAAAACCAAAGACGGUGUACGUCUUAAUCUCAUUCUUCUUAGGUACACUGGUGACAAUCCAGCAUUUUCACCCACCGUUAUCUACUUCCACGGGAAUGCUGGCAACAUUGGUCACCGCAUACCCAAUGCACUGUUAAUGCUGGUCAACUUGAAGGUGAACGUAAUACUGGUUGAUUACAGAGGUUAUGGCAAAAGUGAAGGUGAAGCAAGUGAAGAUGGGCUGUAUUUAGAUUCCGAAGCUGUGCUGGACUAUGUCAUGACCAGACCAGACAUAGAUAAAACUAAAAUCAUUCUGUUUGGCCGCUCAUUAGGAGGAGCAGUAGCUGUCCAUCUGGCAUCUGAAAAUCCCCAUCGGAUCUCUGCCAUAAUGGUAGAAAAUACAUUUCUUAGCAUCCCCCACAUGGCCAGUACUUUGUUUUCUUUCUUUCCAAUGAAAUAUCUUCCACUCUGGUGCUACAAAAACAAAUUCCUGUCCUACAAGAAAAUUGCACAGUGCAGGAUGCCUUCACUUUUCAUCUCCGGACUGUCUGACCAGCUGAUUCCACCAGUCAUGAUGAAGCAGCUGUAUGAACUUUCUCCGUCCCGGACUAAGAGGUUUGCCAUAUUUCCAGAUGGCACUCACAACGACACCUGGCAGUGCCAAGGAUACUUCACAGCCAUUGAACAAUUCAUUAAAGAACUUAUACAAAACCAUUCUCAUGAAGAAACAACGAUAGCAGUGUCAAAUGUAACAAUUAUAUGAAUUGGGCUUUCUGAUAAUGCAUCGUUUUGUGAAAAGUGGUAACAGAAUGUAACUUUUUAUGUGUAUUUUAUGGGGGUGAGAUUAAACUCAAACUGCUAUUUA